CGCAGAGGAGUGCAGUGUCCAGUGAAGCAUCCGAGGACCCUCCUCCCGCGCCGCCGCCAUGGUGAUGUCCCAGGGCACCUACACGUUCCUCACGUGCUUCGCCGGCUUCUGGCUCAUCUGGGGGCUCAUCGUCCUGCUCUGCUGCUUCUGCAGCUUCCUGCGCCGCCGUCUCAAACGGCGCCAGGAGGAGCGACUGCGCGAGCAGAAUCUGCGCGCCCUAGAGCUGGAGCCACUGGAGCUUGAGGGUAGCGUGGCCGGGAGCCCCCCGGGUCUGGCGCCGCCGCCGCCACCGCACCGCGGCCGCCUGGAGGCGCCGGCGCACUCGCAUCCGCACGUGCACGUGCACCCGCUCCUGCACCACGGGUCCGCGCCGCCGCACACGCACCCACACCCGCACCACCACGCGCUUCCGCACCCCCCGCCGCCUCACCUCGCGGUGCCGCCACGGCCCUGGAGCUACCCGCGCCAAGCGGAAUCGGACAUGUCCAAGCCACCGUGUUACGAAGAGGCGGUGCUGAUGGCCGAGCCGCCACCGCCCUACAGCGAGGUGCUCACGGACACUCGCGGCCUCUACCGCAAGAUCGUGACGCCCUUUCUGAGCCGCCGCGAUAGCGCGGAGAAACAGGAGCAGCCGCCACCCAGCUACAAGCCGCUUUUCCUGGACCGGGGGUACACCUCGGCGCUGCACCUGCCCAGCGCCCCACGGCCCGCGCCGCCUUGCCCUGCUCUCUGUCUGCAGGCCGACCGCGGCCGCCGAGUCUUCCCGAGCUGGACCGACUCAGAGCUCAGCAGCCGUGAGCCCCUGGAGCACGGAGCUUGGCGCCUGCCGGUCUCCAUCCCCUUGUUCGGGAGGACUACAGCCGUAUAGAGGGGCGCCCGGCGUCCCGGGCCCCACCGGCGGACUCCUGGCCUGACUGCGGGGCUUUUUAAAUGCU